AUGGACCGACAAUUCCGCAACCGCUUCCGAGUCCGCCGAGCAGCAGUCGAGACAUGGCUCAGAUUCCUCGCCGACAACCACCCUGGCUAUCGGAGUUUCACCUGGAACUACGACAACCUCUCCCAGUUGCCAGAGGACGGCAACGUCUUUGAUCAGCUGAAUAUCCACGAGGUCGAGGAGUGUGAAGGGUUGCCUGCAGAUUCUGGCCCUGUUGAAGCGCCGGAAGAGGACGGAGAGGCUGUUGACGAAGCUGCGGUGCCCAAUGUGCUAGUCCACGACUCAGAAUUGAACCAGCUGCAAGAGCGAGUCGACCGUGGGGCUGCCGAAGUCAAUGCCGCCAAUGACCAAGUUCCCCUACAUCCCGUUGAGCCUCAGGCUGCUCAUCAGCUGAAGAUGCCUUCCAUCCGACGUACUCCUCUCGACGAGUUCAACCAAACGCAUGCUCUGGUUCUCUCGAAGUACCAAGCACUCGAGGCCUUACGUUCAGGCCAAAUCAAAAUCAUUCGCAAGGCUGCGGAUGCGUUUGGUGUACCGAAGUCCACUCUCCACAGACGCGUCAAGGGGGGCGGUACGCGUCAAAAAGCUCAAGUCAAGAACCGAAAGCUACGCCCAACUGAAGAAGCAGCCUUGAUUCAAUGGAUCGAGUCAUUGGACGACCGUGGGAUGUCGCCGACGAUCGGUUAUAUCCGACAGAUGGCUGACCUUCUUCUCCGCGAGCGUGGAAGCUUCACUCUACUCGAUGCGUCUCUUACAUCCACCCCGGUCCCGGCAAUGACUGUCGGUGAGAACUGGGUCCAGCGGCUUCUUCAUCGGCAUCCCCAUCUGGAGACGAAGUAUUCUAGAAAGUACGACUAUCAACGGGCCUUAUGCGAGGAUCCAGAGAAGAUUUCAGCGUGGUUUGCACGAGUGCAAAGGACCAUCAACGAAUACGGUGUUCUUGACAGCGACAUCUACAACUUUGACGAGACUGGUUUCCAGAUGGGUGUUGCAAGCACGUCUAAAGUGGUCACUCGAUCUGACCGACGGAAUCGACCUGUUGUUAUCCAGCCGGGAAAUCGAGAGUGGACAACUGUCAUCGAGUGCAUUAACGCAUCCGGCUGGAGUGUUGACCCGAUGAUUAUCUUUGAAGGAAAAGUCCACAUUUCGUCGUGGUACGACGGCUCAGUGCUGCCAAAGACAUGGCGGAUUGGAGUCAGCGAUAACGGCUGGACAACCGAUGAGCUUACCUUCGAGUGGCUUCGAGAAGUCUUCGAGCCACAACUCGAAAACGGACUGUUGGUCGAUAUCGGCUUCUCAUUCUCGAUGGUCAUGGAAGCCAUUCGACGCCUGCAUUCGACAAAUUCUGUACUGAGCAUCGGAUCCUUACAGAGUGUAUGCCUCCGCACUCGUCGCACUACCUCCAGCCCCUUGACGUUAGCUGUUUCGCUGUGCUUAAGCGGACGUACGGCGACCUUGUCAAAGCGAAGAUAG